GGUAACUUCACAUCGGUAAGAGAAAACGCGUACGUGCGUUUUUGAGCGAUGACAGAUGGCGCCGGUUUCAAGGCCAUUUCACGUCGUCGCCGUCGUUGAGUCCGUCGUCGUCGUUGUAGUUGCCGUCGUCAGACGAAGAGAAGAAACGUAGAAAAGCGGAAUCAUGAAUUAAAGGUAUCGCGGCAAAAGAUUAUCGUUCGGAUUAUCGUGCAUUGUGGUAAAUAAGAGGGGAAAAAAAAAGAAGAGUAGAAUGCGAAGAACGUUUAAGAACAAGACUUCGUGUUCCUCGAUUAUAAAAUAAAAAAAUAAGAUUUUUUAUUAGUGAGGUAAAAAGUUUCGCUUGUUGCACGCAGUUGCUUAGGCGAUUAAAGGAAGGGUACCAUUUACAUGCGUACGUGCGUGUUAUAAAAAGUGUGCUAUGAGAGUGGACCGACGUCGAUCGUCGAGACGUAGAUUUUCCAGUCUCUUCGAUGAUGAUUCAAUGUUCCUAAAUCGAUCGACCUGAAGAGAAAAAAGAAAGAAAAAGAGGUGGAGCAAGGGGGGGGGAGAGAGAGAUCAUGGACUAUCCGGUUUUAAGUCACUACGACCCGUCCGUAACGGAUGAGACAGCCGGUAGUGGCGGAGACGAGCAAGAACUACUUUGGGGAGAUUCUAAUUAUGUUUUACCUGGCGAUGAGUAUGUACCUGCUUCGGAACAAUUUGGAGAUGAGUUUAUAGGAGCUGAAUUUCAUGAAACUCGAACAUUGCUCGCAGAUGGUGGAGAUAGGUUUGGUGUUUCUACUGCCACUUUCGAUACCAUCGAAGAACUUAUGUGGAUGGGAAAUCAAGGGGGUCACGUAACAUCUUAUUAUGGAUCUGGUGUACAAAAAUAUACAUCCUUUCAAGUACAUGCAACACAGGAGGUGCGCCAAAUCCAUCCUUUAGAUGAGGGCAUUCUGGUGCUUACUCAAAGCAUAUUGCGAUAUCAAUUAAGACGUGGCAUACCAAUAUUUACACAUACAUCAUCAAACAUGGUAGAUAUGCAGUGUAUGCUUCAAAUUUCUCCAACUAGAAUGUUAAUGGGUGGACAUCAAGAAAAAUUAAUUGAUUUUAAUCUUACUAGAGGGAAGGAAACUGGAUUAGUUCACGUCGGAGAAAACGGUUGUGCAAUAUUAAGGCAGCAUAAUAGACUUAUAUGUGCUGGUAAUCCAGCAGGAAGAAUUGAUCUCAGGGAUCCAAAUACAUUGUCUAUAGAACAUACUUUUGAUACUCAUAGUGGUUCCCUUAGCGAUUUUGAUGUUCAGGGAAAUUAUCUUGUUACAUGUGGUUUCAGUAAUAGUCGUCAAGGUCUAACGGUAGAUCGAUUUUUGAUGGCGUAUGACUUAAGACAAAUGCGAGCUUUAAGUCCUGUUACAACGCUGGUGUAUCCUCUUCUAUUAAAAUUUCUCCCAAGCUAUUCCAGCCGACUUGCCGUUGUUUCUCCUUUAGGACAAAUGCAAUUGCUUGAUACAAUCUAUGCCAAUGUACAACCACCUUUGACAUGUUUAUAUCAGGUUGCUACUAAUGGAGCGAUGAUACUAUCAUUUGACGUAUCAUCUACAUCUCAAUGUCUUUGUUUUGGAGAUUCAGCAGGAUCUAUACAUUUAAUGUCUACAAAUACUUCUGAACCUCAGUUUAAUACAUUUUCUAGACCUACAGAAUUUGCUGAUCCUGUUGAGUCUCUUCAACCUAUUGCAUUUGAUGAUGAUCUUACACCAUUCAGUACAAUACCUGUGAUGUAUACUGAACAUCCACUAUUAAGUGAUUGGCCAGAAGAAUUGUUAAAGAAGAUUUACAGGAAAACUCCUUCAAUUGAUCCUGAAAUUCUACGCACAAUCAAGAUGCAAGGAACAAUAGGUUAUGCGCCAAAUCCUCAGGCUUUUCGACGCAAUCAAAUACCUUACAAUUUGGAAAAACGACGUGGUGUAGUCACGAAACUUUUCGCGGCAGAUUCACGAGCUAAAACAGACGACGGAACUUUUGUGGCAAUACCAAAGCGUUACCGUAAAAUUGAGGUGAAAUAUUCACGAAUCGGUUAUGAUGAAUUUGAUUUCGAUCAGUACAAUCGGACAAAUUUUUGUGGUCUUGAAGCUACACUUCCAAAUAGUUAUUGUAAUGCGAUGUUACAGUUACUUUAUUAUUGUGAACCUGUAAGAACUGCAUUACUUUCACAUUCAUGCCAAAGAGAAUUUUGCUUGUCAUGCGAACUGGGAUUCUUGUUUCACAUGUUGGAUACAUCUCGUGGACUACCUUGUCAAGCAGCCAACUUCCUCAGGGCUUUUAGAACUGUCCCAGAGGCAGCAGCUUUGGGCCUUAUUUUAAGUGACUUACAUCCAGAAGCCAAAAGGAAAACAAGUUUAGUCAGAUUAAUACAGAGUUGGAAUCGAUUCAUUCUUCAUCAAAUACACUACGAAAUUCUAGAAACUAGAAAACGCCAGCAAGAAGAAGAAGAAGCUGCACGUUUGAAGUCGGGACCUAAAUGUGCACCGUUUGUCUAUAAUGAGCAAGACUUUCCUAGCAUUUUACAGGAUCUUGGUUCCCGGUAUAAAAGUCAUGAUAAAGAAAGGAAGAAAAGGAGAAAGCAAGAGGAGGAUGGUAAAUAUAUGUGGAUAACAUCGAAAGUUGAUCAAGGUAAUAAAAAAUCUCCUGAGGAAAAUGAAGUACGAGAGGAGGAAACGGAAAUCAGUCGACUAUUUGGUUCUGAACAAAUGCAUAUACAUCGUUGUCUGAAAUGUGGACAAGAAGCUACUAAACAUUCUAUCAUGUUAUUAUGUAAUUUAGUAUACCCUGAGAUAGUUAAUCCAUCAGAAGAGAUUCCAUUUACAAAUAUACUUGGACGAAGUUUAAGACCAGAAAAAAUUACACCUGCGUGGUGCGACGAAUGUCAGAAAUUCACGCCUACUCUACAAUCACGACAAUUGACCAAGCUACCUCAAAUAUUAGCCUUAAAUUGUGGCUUAGAUACACAACAGGAUAAAGCUUUUUGGCAAAAUCAAAUGGACAUCGUUGUCCGCAAGGUUUUGAGCGGUAAAGAAGCUAGUCCUUCAUCCAGUCCUGUUCCAAUUACUGUGAAACCAUGCAGAUACGGUAGUAAUUGUACCAGACUUGGUUGUAGAUUUAGACAUAUUGGCCGAGAUUCAGAAACGUCGACAUUAUCACCUGUUACACCUCCCAUAGCUACAACUAAUUCGUCUAUUUCAACGCCUCCGAGUCAUUUGUACUAUUCUCAUUCAUGGAUUCCUCAUAAUAUUGAAAUUUCUAUAAGUGAAAGCGGCGAAAUGUCGGUUGAAAAAAUUGCUUCUCCAAAGAUCGACGAUACUACUGCACCUAAUCUAUUAGAAAAUGGACAAGGUAAUAACAAUACUCAAAGGACAUCAAGUACUAUAGAAAUAAUUCAAAAUAAAAAUGAAAGUGGAAGUGCAGAGAUAGAAAACAAAGGGACAGUAAAUAUUGAAGAACAAAUAUCUAGUUCGACGAGUAAAGUUCAAUAUAGCCUUAGUGCGGUUGUGUGUUAUGUGGAUGAUAAAAAUAAUGAAGAAAGAAGAAACCUUGUCGCCUUAUUACGUGUUGGUCCGAGUUACCACAAACGAUCAACAGGAAGUGCGGUUUCUCAAUGGUAUAUCUUUAACGACUUUUGUAUAUCUCCAGUUACACCACAGGAGGCAGUUUGGUUUAAUCUUGAUUGGAAAGUUCCAUGUGUUCUUCAUUAUACAGUAAUUCCAGCUCCUGAACCAUCGACAUUCGUAAGUCCACUUACGUAUGAUGUCUUCGGGGAAGACAAAUGCAUUGCACGUAGUGGAGGAACAACUGGUAUCACGUUUACACCUCUUUCAUCGGAUGAAAUGCCCAAGAAAGGAGAAUUAGUUGGAAUUGACGCUGAAUUUGUUACUUUGAAUCAAGAGGAAUCAGAACUUCGAAGCGAUGGAAAAAUGUCUACGAUCAAACCGAGUCAUAUGUCUGUUGCGAGGAUUACUUGUAUACGAGGACAAGGUCCACUCGAAGGUACACCGUUUAUAGAUGAUUACAUUAGCACACAAGAACAAGUGGUUGAUUAUCUUACGAAAUUCAGUGGAAUUCAACCUGGAGAUUUAGAUGCCAAUUUCAGUAGUAAACAUCUUACAACGCUCAAAUCGACAUAUCAAAAAUUAAGAUUUUUAGUGGAUAAUGGUAUUAUAUUUGUUGGUCAUGGAUUAAAGAAUGAUUUUAGGGUAAUUAAUUUGGUCGUGCCUCCAGAGCAAAUAGUAGAUACAGUAUGGCUGUUUCAUCUACCUCAUCAUCGUAUGGUAUCGUUACGCUUUCUAACGUGGCAUUUCUUAGGUAAAACCAUACAAUCUGAAACUCACGAUUCUACGGAAGAUGCACGAUCAGCUCUGGAGUUAUAUCGUAAGUACAAAGAACUGGAAAGUUCAGGCAAAUUAGCAGAGAACCUCAAAGAACUUUAUACCGUUGGGACCCAAUUACAAUGGAAAGUACCGGAUAGCUGAUAUGAGGUUAGUGAGUGUAAUUAUGAAACUGAGAACAUUGAAUCAGAAAAUGAUAAUGAGGUCCAAGUGAUAAAUGCAUUUGAGUGUAUAAUAGGCCAAGUAAAUAGUUCAAAAAUUAAUUCGCCUGACAAAGUUUAAAUUUAAAUGAUAACCCAAUUUUGUCAUUCUUCUUUUUAUCUUUUUUUUUGUUUUUUUUUUUGCUUUUGUUUCUUUCCUUUCUUUUCACAUCUAAAUCGAUUAUCCAUCUGUCAUCGAUAUAAAAAAUUAACUUUACAGAAACGAAUAUGCGAGCGAAUAUGAACAAUUUUUUAAAGAUGAUAAAAUUAAAAUUACGGGUAUAUAAAGUUGAUAUUCGUUUAAAAAAAAAAAAAAAAAAAAAUAG